AUGUUUGGUGUUCGCUCUCCUGACCUCGUCCCUCGGUAUUUCGACAUACCAGCCGAAAUACCCCUGGACGAUGAAAAGCGCAACCCUAAUAACGCGGAUGGUCCCUUUGUUCUGGGUACCUUUCUCGAGUCUCUUGCCGACCCUUUCAAGGCACUCAAUGGGGGGGCGCAUCGAGUCGAAAUACCAGCCGGCCACGCGUACACACACGUUCGGGGCCUGCAAACGUUCGAGUUCUCGACUCGUUAUGCAGCCGGUCAUGACACCCCUGAGAUCCGUUUCGAUUGUUCUACAUCGUCUCAACUAAAUGUCGUGUGCGAUAGGGUGGAAACACGGUAUUUCAAUCCUAAAUUUUUUGGGCGUGACAUGAAGCAGGCAGAGCUUUACAUGAUCACCGGUAUCAAGGUGGCUUACGGCGUUCGGGCUACUGCCACGACGGAACUGAACCUGGCCUCGAUAUUUGGUUCUGAUGCGAAAGAGUUUGAGCACGAAAUCAUGCCCAAAAUGGAGAACGCUGUUAUUCUCUCCUAUCGGGCUAACAAGUAUACGCUCUUUCGUCCCAGCCUACUCAAUCGUUGGCAGUCUCGAUAUUUGAAACACAAUGGUUGGAUGAUUCGGUCUGAGCCCAUCCUUGUGGGGGAUGACUAUGCUACCGCCAUCAAAAAGUUCAAGGAGCGAAAUGGUCCAAUCUGGCAUCUUUCAGAACAACAAGCACAAUAG